AUUAAGGUUAAGUUAAAAUAAUUGAGGUUAAAAUAAGUAAAAUAACAAAAACAGUUAAUUUAAUAUUUAAGAACUUCUAAAAGUUCUAAAUAUUGUUCACGUAUAAUAAUAUUGCAGAAUUUCUCCACUAUAAUGGCUGAGAGCAUUCCAGAUCCAUUACAAGAAGCAGUUUUGAAGAAAACUAGCGACAAAACAUUUUUACAAGAACAGGUGAAUGGAUAUGAUUGGAACAAAGGUCUGGAUUAUUCAAAAAUCUUGGAUAGUUAUCUACACUCUGGAUUUCAAGCUACCAAUUUUGGAAAAGCUGUUCAAGAAAUAAACAGAAUGAUAGAGUGUAGAAAGCAGAAAAUUCCCAGCGAUAAAUUCAUAGAUGCCGAAGAUCCAUUCACAAUUGUUAGUAGCAACUGUACAAUAUUCCUAGGGUACACUAGUAACAUCGUUUCUAGCGGCUUGAGAGAAACAAUUAGAUUUUUAGUCCAGCAUAAAAUGGUGGAUUGCAUAGUGACCACUGCAGGUGGUGUAGAAGAAGAUUUGAUUAAAUGUUUAUCCCCAACAUUCCUAGGAGACUUUCAUCUGGAUGGAAAAACUUUACGAGAAGUGGGCAUUAAUAGGAUAGGAAACCUAUUAGUACCAAACGACAACUAUUGCCACUUCGAAAACUGGAUUAUGCCAAUAUUAGAUGAAUUCUUGAAGAAGCAGAAAGAAGAGAAAAUCCUGUGGAGUCCCAGCAAAGUUAUUUAUGAACUCGGCUUGAGAAUUAAUAAUGAAAGCAGCAUAUAUUAUUGGGCUGCUAAAAAUAAGAUACCCGUUUUUUCUCCGGCACUCACAGAUGGAAGUUUAGGCGAUAUGAUGUUCAUGCAUUCUAUUAAGAGUCCGGGUUUAGUUCUAGACAUCCUUUCAGACCUAAAGCGUUUAAACUCGAUGGCCAUGAAGGCUGUGAAUACAGGCAUGAUAAUAAUUGGAGGAGGGCUUAUUAAACAUCACAUAUGUAAUGCUAAUUUGAUGAGAAAUGGUGCAGAUUUUAGUGUUUUCAUUAACACUGCUUCUGAAUAUGAUGGUAGCGAUGCAGGAGCUAGACCAGAUGAAGCAAAAUCCUGGGGAAAAAUUAAACUAGGAGCAGAACCAGUAAAAAUUUACGCCGAGGCUACUCUGGUUUUCCCAUUGUUGGUUGGUCAAACGUUCGCUAAAGAUUUCUUCCAGGAUAAGUCGAAAUAAAAUAAAACUUGAAAAAAAUAUAUUGGUUUUAUUCAACAUAAAAAUUGGACUUACAAAAAAUGUAAUCAAAAUGAUCGGAAUUAUAUAUUUUGUCAUGAUCACAAAAGGCAUAUAUAAUUAAAGGAAUGUGAGAAAAAUUUUCUUUAAUAUAGAUAUAAAGGUAUAAUUAAAUAUCAACAACAUGAGUUUGGAAAAACAUAAAAUUUGAACAACAAAUUCAUUAAAAAUAUCGAAUAAUUUGCUGAGGAAUAAUAUAAACAUAUAAUAGAAUUCUAAAAAUAAUUAUGUCUAAGAAAAUUUUUUGAGAAGAUUGACUAUAAAAUAUUUCGAGUGUAAUUGUGAGAAACUAUAAAAAUUAAAUUUUUUUCAGUGAAAACGAGAUUCACCAUUGAAAUUGCACGAACAAUUUCUCAACAAAGUGAAGCUUAUAAAAUACUAGAAUGGCAAAUAUAAUAUCACCUGGUAAUCUAGAACGACUUGAAUUAUUUGUAAUUUUUACAUUAUUUGUAGAAUUUCCAUUCUAGUUCUUUCAUUCACACUCUCUAAUUGUAUUAUGAGUGUAAUCAAUCGAUUUGCGGAAUUUUCAC